GCCGUCACCGCGACCGCCCCGCGGCUGCGCCUCCCGCCGCUGCCAUAGUGCCGGUCCAAAGUGACCUUGGCGCCGCGCCCCGCCCUCUUCCGCCGCGCUGCAUCCGGGCGCUCGCCGCCGGCCCCGCCGCGCCUGCGCAGAGUUGCCCCAGCCCGUCGGCUCUGAGGUGCGGCAGCCGCAGCGGAGACACCGGAUUGUGGCCCCCGGGACGCCUCCCGCUAAGAUGUUCGCCUGCGCCAAGCUCGCCACCUCGCCCUCCCUGAUCCGUGCUGGAUCAAGAGUCUUGUACAGACCAAUUUCGGCAUCUGUGUUGUCUAGGCCAGAGGUCAAGACUGGAGAGGGCAACUCAACACUUAAUGGGGCCCAAAAUACUGUUUCCCGACUAGCACUUAGAGAAUUCCAGACUAGUGCUAUCAGCAGGGACAUUGACACUGCUGCCAAAUUUAUUGGUGCUGGUGCUGCCACAGUAGGUGUGGCUGGUUCUGGUGCUGGUAUUGGAACAGUCUUCGGUAGUCUAAUCAUUGGUUAUGCCAGAAAUCCUUCUCUGAAGCAGCAGCUGUUCUCAUAUGCUAUCCUGGGAUUCGCCCUGUCUGAAGCUAUGGGUCUGUUCUGUCUGAUGGUUGCUUUCUUGAUCCUAUUUGCCAUGUGAAAGGAGAUCUGCCUGUAAUAUUGGCAUUGGAAUGUAACUCUGCAUUUUAUGGGACUCCCAAAAUGUUGGUGUCAUGGAAAUUGAUGCUAUUUCCAAAGUCAUUUCAUUAAAGAUAACAACUUCAACUGUCAA